AGGUGGCACUAUGCUACUUCGAAGGCAGCCGUAAAGCACCGCCGAAGAAGAAGGCUCGCUUGAAACAUGGGGUUGUCCUGUAGCAGAUAGUUUAUGGUGUCUUCGGUGAAACAUGUCAGUGUUUCAUGAUGAGGUGGAGAUCGAGGACUUUGAGUUAGACGAGGAGACCGACACGUAUUACUUCCCGUGUCCCUGCGGAGACCGCUUCAGCAUAACCAAAGAGGACCUGGAGAACGGGGAGGAGGUGGCCAUGUGUCCCAGCUGUUCCCUCAUCAUUAAAGUCAUCUAUGAUAAGGAGCUGUUCGUGUCAGGAGAAGUGAUCGAGGCUCCGCCGGAGCUCAAACUGCAGCAGGCUCAGUCCUGAAACUGGACUUCAGUGUAAGCUCUAAUCUCUGAGAAGAUCCUGGUGUGUGUCGUGCCCUGCUGGGACAGGUCAGACUCUUGCUGUGAAUUAAUGGAUCGGCUGUUGGAGUUGCUCGUCCAGGAUCCAGAACCCACCCCCUAGGAAUGGGUUCAGUUACCGCAGAGAAAGUCGGCAUGUUCAGCUUCUCGUUGAUGUGGAUUUACUGACUAGUUUAUUAAAUAUUUAUGUUCA